CUGCUCAUAUCCCCCGCCAUUAUCGUAGUAAUAGCUAUUAUCAUCUUUGUGGCCGUUCUCUUAUUUCUUCUUUGCUUGAGAAAAAUUUUACUAAGUCAUUAUGGUAACAGGGACUGGUACCCGGCUUAUUGUAAGGACUAUGAGUGCCAGUGUGGUGGUUGUGGCCAGUGUUGUAUUCUGCUAGCACAGAAAUGUGAUUGCCAGACCCCCAGUUCUGGAACCUUGCUAGAUCGUAUUUGUCCUUCUCAACAACAAUGCAGUACGUUUUUUGGUCAAGUUUUCUCAUGCCACUGUUUUAAAGUUGUAUCAGAAUAUUGCAAAGGUGUUCAUUUGUGUCCAGAAUCAACUGGCCCUGGGCUUUGUGCACAGUGCCCUGAAUGUGAUUGUCCGUGUAACUGUCACUGUGAGUGUAAGCCGCCUGAAUGCGAUGAAAUUAAUUGUGGCUGCUUCAAAAUCAGCUUCAGAGGAGGAUCAUAGUGCACUGGCAGAAAGUUCAAUUUUUUAUAUCAGAAAAAAAUCAAUAAAAAUUAAUUAUAUAGGCGUGGCUAUUAGUGGGUGUGGCUCAUUAAAAAAAGCAUGGCGACUCCUCACCAACUACCAGAGAGAGAUUCUAGAGAAGGCAGAAGGCCUCUAGUCCGUAUCCCGCUGUGGUAUAAAGAAGGAGCGCCUUAUAGGUACAACUGGAGAACAGCUCUUGGUUUCUUGCCAGGGAUUGUGCUCAUAAGCGUCAUAUGUGGGAAAACAUUUGUUGCUUCUGCAUUGGUUGUUCUUAUGGCUAAUUUAUUAUUAAAUUCAUUAGGUUAUGAAUUAAUUCAAUUAGGAUUAAUUGUUGCUAGCGUUUUUGUCUGUCAAGCUGUUAAUCUUUAUUGCAUGAUACCGUUGAUAUGGCAUUCAGUUCUUAAUCUUCCACUAUUUCUUAUGUUUCAUGCUUUUAUGGUUGUAGUUGGUUUAUGGGCUAUCAUCCAAAAUGAUGAAUUUCGAAAGCAAGAUCCAAGAGUCACUUUGGUAAGACGAUGA